CAGAUGUAGAGAAACGCCUGGCUACGCUUCGCCCAUGAGCGCUUUGCACCUCUCCCGCCUCGCGCGGCGCAAGCGCUGCUGGCGCCGCGCCACGUCGCUCGCGACGCGGGGCCCACGGCGGCGGAGCCGCCGGAUCCGGGGCAAGUCCAGUGCCCGCACGCCACCGCAGCUGCGGCCAGCGGUCGCCGACGCGGCAGAGGUGGAAGAGGAGCUGCCCUUCUUCCUGGAUGUGGCCGGCGACGCGGCAGCCCACGCGGCCACGGCGGGCCAAGCGGCGGGCCAAGCGGCGGCCAAGUCGUCCGCGCUGUCCGUGUCAGGUCCAGUGGUGGACACGCGGCCGGCGGAGGAGCAGCCAAAAGAGCAGGAGGAGGAGGAAUUGCCUCCGCUGCAAACGCCCUUGGCCUUCGCCGUGAUCCCCUCGACGGCGACCGAGGCCGUCGAGGAGGCCUGGGCACAGGCGGCGGACACGACCUGCGCUCAGCCCGAUCAGCUUGAGGAGGAAUUGGAGCAUGCGUCCUUAGACCGCUUCUACCGAGAAACCGAGGCGAAGCGGGCUGAGAGUCGGUCGGCGCAACUGCGGUACUACAACGGAGACAGGCCUGAGACCUUGCGCACGGAUGAUGGCUACCUCACUAGGCUGGGCUCCAAGCACUUUUGCCUGCUGUGCUUUGGCACCAACCAUCGCGCGCAAAGCUGCCCAGAGACCAGGUGUUGGAUUUGUUUCGCGACCGGGCACAAUGUGAAGCAUUGCCCACGUGCGAAAGACAAAUGUGACUUGUGCUGGCGCAAGGGCCACAACUUCAAGUCAGGCACCGGCUGCCCCCACGAGGCCCUCCGCCGCGCGCAGCGCUGGGAGCUGCGGCACCAGGUGCGCUGUGGCGUGUGCCGUGGAGAAGGACAUCUAAUGUGCGACGGCAGUGGGAAGCCCCCUUCUGAGAGCUGGGAUGAUGUGCCAGAGCUGGAGGGCCCUCAACAGGAUGACACGUUGAAGGCGCGGGCCUUCGCGGCGGCCGUCGCGGGCCGAAGCGGACGAGGUCACUGGAACACUUGGGAGCAGCGGAGUUGGGAGGAAAAGCGGGCAGAGAAGAGCUGGGCCUCAACCGUCUCUGUCUCCAGCAACUGGAAGGAGCAUAAGAGAUGGAAGGACCAGGAGGACUGGAAGUCCCGUGGUUGGAAGUCCCAUGGAGAUCACCGUGGUGACGUCCGGUCGCACCGCAGCGAAGCCAGACACCGCCAGCACACGGUGCCCAGCAUGCGGAUCCGCGAUCAGCCCUCCAAGAGGUCUUUGAAGCGGGCGGAGGAGAAGAAGCGAAGGCGUUGAGCGAAUCAGUGUCCGUUGCAUCACUGCAUCGCUGAGAGGUUAUGUGCUGGCGAGUUGGCUACGUCGCAUGACAGGCCAUAGCCAUAAGAGCCUG